UCUCGUGUCACGAACACUUAUAACCAAUUCAAUGUGUAAACCGUGGCAGCCUAAAAACAACAAAGUACAACAUAUAAGAACCAUAAGUGAAGACAAACUGUACUCUGGUUCUCUGCCUCCCGUACCUUCAACCCCUAGCAAUACAUCUAGACUUCCUUUCAGAGAGGCGACUUUCUACAAGAUGCCUACCCUCAAACAGCUCUGUAUAGCCUCCCUGUUCGCCAUCGGGAUACUCUGCGCCAACACCACAGAGCCAGCAACUACCGCCUCGGCCGCCACACUCAAGAAUCCUCUAGGUGGUUUCACGAUGCCUCACGGGGCCGCAUCGGCCGCAACCAACUCUUCGGGGCCCGCUAUCAACGCAACAUCCAUACCAUCGAACACCACAUCGCAAGCCAAAUCCGUGAAAUCAACAGUCUUUAUCACGUUGACUUCAACAACAACAAUCAUACCAACAGUACCAGAUACUAUUUCCAUGAACCACGGAGGCGGAUCAGCAGCAGUCAACUCUUCGAGCCUCGCUAUCAACGCAACAUUCACCACCUCGCAAGCCAAGCCCUUGAAAUCAACAGUCUUUAUCACAUUAAAAUCUACAACAACAAUCACGCCGACGGUCCUAGAAACUAGUUCCAUGAAUCAGACUUCUGUUGCUGGGCCUUCGAUGCCGAUGAUGACGUCGAAUGGGACCUUGGUGCCGGAGAGUGGUGGGUGUCAUAAUGGUAAGACAUUCCCGCCCAUUCCUCCCUUACUUACCAGAAUACGCUGA